UCUCUCCCAUUCUCUCAUUCUUUGCCAUCGCCUUCGAUUUCUUUCCUGUCCACUCUCUCUCUCUCUCUCCUCAAUUCCUUUUCUUUCCGUUCCGUUCUGUUCAUCCUCAACUACUUGUCUUUCGUUUCCGUUACGUUCCGUUCAUCCUCAACUCCUUUCCUUUCCUUUACUAGAGCUCUUCCUCUUCUCCUCCUCUCCAAUUGGAGUGGGUUCCUUCUUCCUCCAAAUGCGAUCGAUUGAUGAAUUAUCCCAAAUUUUAUUUUCCAAUUCGAAAUUCGUCCUUGUUAUGAGAUUGUUCAACUAAUUAAUCUGUAAGGCUUCGUCGUCGUCGCCGGCGGCGGCGGUGGUGAUUUCCAAUAAGAGCAAGAUUUUCCGAGGGAGAAGAUGUUGAACCGGUUUAUCAAUUUCGGAAGCCGGAAGCUCCCUGAUCCUGAGGCGGAGGAGCCCCCUGCGGUGGCCGUCAACCACGCCUCUCGGGCCACUGCCGCCACGCCUCCUCCUCCAGCGCCAUCCCCUGCUGCCGCACCCGUCAGCCCCAACAUCGAGGUUCUCCCGCCAUUCGGAGAGGUAGCCGCCGGGGAGCGCCAAGCCCUUUUUCUUCGCAAGCUCCAGCUUUGCGCCGUCGUCUUCGACUUCUCCGACGCUCUCUCCCUCCGCUGCGCCCGAGAGCGGGAGACGAAGCGGCGUGCGUUUCAGGAGCUCGUCGACUUCGUCCAGUCCGGCUCCGGCCGCCUCUCCGAGCAGGUUCAGGAGGAGCUCGUCCGCACCGUCGCCGCCAACAUCUUCCGAUGCCUUCCCCCGGCCGCCCACGAGAACACUGGCGGCGAUGCCUCCGCCGAUCCCGAGGAGGAGAACGUGUUCCUCGAUCCAGCGUGGCCCCAUCUCCAGCUCGCCUACGAGCUUCUUCUCCGCUACGUCAUCUCCACUGACACCGACACCAAGAUCGCCAAGCGGUUCAUUGACCAUUCCUUUGUGCUCCGCCUCCUCGACCUCUUCGACUCCGAAGACCCCCGCGAGCGCGAAUACCUCAAGACCAUCCUCCACCGUAUCUACGGAAAGUUCCUGGUCCACCGCCCAUUCAUCCGCAAGGCCAUCAACAACGUCUUCUACGGGUUCAUCUUCGAGACGGAGAGGCACAACGGUAUCGGAGAGCUUCUGGAAAUUCUUGGGAGCGUCAUCAAUGGCUUUACCCUGCCCAUGAAAGAGGAGCAUAAGUUGUUCCUGGUGCGGGCGCUCAUCCCGCUGCACAAGACCAAGGCGGUGAGCGUUUACCACCAGCAGCUGGCCUACUGCACCACGCAGUUCGUGGAGAAGGACUACAAGCUUGCAGACACGGUGAUUCGAUGCCUAUUGAAGUACUGGCCGGUGACCAACUGCCAGAAGGAGGUUCUGUUUCUGGGGGAGUUGGAGGAGAUGUUGGAGGCAACACAGCCCGUAGAGUUCCAGAGGAUCAUGAUUCCCUUGUUCAAGAGGAUUUCAUGCUGUCUCAACAGCUCUCACUUCCAGGUUGCUGAACGGGCUUUAUACUUUUGGAAUAAUGAUCAUAUCGUGACCUUGAUUGCCCAAAACCGUGGUGUCAUAUUGCCCAUAAUAUUCGAAGCGCUGGAGAAGAACAUGCAGAGCCAUUGGAACCAAGUGAUCAAUGCCCUCACAGCAAACGUGCGCAAGAUGUUCGAAGACAUGGACGGCAAUCUCUUUUCGGAGUGUCAACAGCAAUACAUUGAGAAAGAAGCAAACGCCAACGCCUUGAAAGAGCAACGAGAGGUUGCAUGGAGACAACUAGAAGCUGUAGCUGUGGCCGUAGCUGCAGCUAGAGCUGCGGGAGAGAAGAUGAUUCUAGUCAAUUAAUUCUAAAAUUGGCUGCCUAAAUAUGUGCAUAUCUAUUCAUUUGGCGUUCUUAUUUUUCCUAUUUAACAUUAAAACCUCCAUAAGUGUCUAAAUAGGCUCUUUCUUUUCUUAAUUUAUAGUAGUACCCCAGCAUGGGGAAUGAACUCUGAUUGCCAUCACUUGUACUUUCGAUUAUUCAUUGUAUUCUUAUAUAUGUAGUUGGAAUAGUCACAAAACGCUCUUUAUCUGUGGUAA